AUGCCGAGUAUACACUCUAAACCCGAAGAUCGCGAAGUAGUCGUGGCGGAGAACGUGAAGAUGGUUGAUAUUCAGGACAAGGAAGUUACAAUGGAAGGAAUCUGCUCUAUAGCCGCUUACGACGAGUGGACUCCUCUCUCUGUAUCUGGACAGCCUCCGAAACCCCGAUACAAGCAUGGAGCUGCUGUUGUUCAGGAAAAGAUGUAUGUCUUUGGUGGAAACCACAAUGGCCGUUACCUUGGUGACAUUCAGGUUCUGGAUUUCAAAAGUUUGUCAUGGUCAAAGCUAGAAGCUGAAAUUCAACCAGGACCUUCAGAACCAGCUGAAGCAGUUUUAGUUGCUCCAUGUGCUGGGCACUCUCUGAUUCCGUCCGAAAACAAGAUUUUGUCACUUGCAGGACACACCAGAGAACCGACAGAAAGUCUAAGCGUAAAGGAGUUCGAUCCGCAAACCUGCACUUGGUCAACCUUACGCACUUAUGGGGGGUCGCCGAGCUCACGUGGUGGUCAAUCAGUGACUCGUAUUGGGAACACUUUAGUUGUGUUUGGAGGUGAAGGUGCUGGGAGGUCUCUUCUGAAUGACCUGCACAUUCUUGAUCUUGAGACCAUGACUUGGGAUGAAUUUGAGAGCACAGGUACUCCUCCUUCUCCAAGGUCAGAGCAUGCUGCUGCAUGCUAUGCUGAUCGGUAUCUCUUUAUAUUUGGUGGAGGAUCUCAUUCUACAUGUUUCAGUGAUCUACAUCUGCUUGACGUGGAGACAAUGGAGUGGUCAAGGCCAGAUCAUCAUGGUAUAACUCCGGAACCAAGAGCAGGGCAUGCAGGUGUAACGUUUGGUGAUUACUGGUUUAUUACUGGUGGCGGUAAUAGUAAGAAAGGUGUUCCAGAAACACUUGUACUUAACAUGUCUACUAUGGAAUGGUCGGUUGUUACUAGUCUUGAAGGCCGUGCACCCCCUACAAGUGAGGGCUCGAGUUUAGUACUUCACACAAUUAAUGGAGAAGAUUUUCUGUUGUCAUUUGGAGGAUACAGUGGACGUUACAGCAACGAGGUUUAUGCUCUGAAGACAAGUUUCAGACCAAGUGUGUCAUCCAAUGGCAUGGCCCCAUUAUCUGCAGAUGCAAAUUCUAGCAGGGGUCCCAUAUUCGAAAUUGAAGAACUUCAAGAUAAAAAGAAUAACAAGGGAGGAGAUACCAGCAAAACCUUGGUGCAAACUGUUAAACAUGAGAGGAACCAGCUAGAAGAAAAACUUGAGCGUGAAAAGAUUCAGAGCUUCCACCUGAAGACGGAACUAGCUGAUGUCGAGAACAAAAAUGUAGAGCUUACUCAGGAACUUAAUUCAGUUCGCGACCAGCUUUUGGACGAAGCAGCAAGGGCUUCCAAACUUGAGAAGGAAGUUUCAGAGAUUCAACAACGGUUGCAGAAGAUGGCGGCCCUUGAAAAGGAGUUUGAAUUGCUUCGGGGUGAAAGAGACGGUGCAGGCGACAAAUCAGCUUCAGGCAGCAACAAGAAACCCGGUGGUGUGGGCUUCCGGAGGUGGUAUGGAGACGACGAGGGUUGAAGCGGGGACUCUUCUGCAGGGUCAUGUUUUCUUUCUUUUUUUGGUCGUUUUUGACCAUAUUCUUUUGGUGAAUCCAAUACUUAU